AUGCCUCGCGGGCGCGCGGGCCUCUGGGAGAUGGCGGCGGGCGCGCGGGGGCGGCCGUGGGGCGCGGCAGACCGUGAACAGGAGCCCGGGACCCCGAGCGCAGGACUGGACGUCGCCCGCGGCCUGGAGAACCUGCCGGUGGCCGCCUGGCCCCCGCGCGAGCAGCCGCCGCCUUUCCAGUACACCCCGGAUCACGUUGCCGGACCCGGAGCCGAGGCCGAUCCCAGUCAGAUAACCUUUCCUGGAUGCUCCUGUCUGCAGACUCCCUGCAUCCCAGGUGCAUGCCCGUGUCUGCAUCAUGAGAACUAUGACGACAACGCCUGCCUCAGACACCUAGGCUCGGAGGGUCGGUACGCGCAGCCGGUGUUUGAAUGCAAUGCCAUGUGCCAGUGCAGUGACCACUGCUGUAACAGGGUGGUCCAGAGGGGUCUCCAUUUCCGCCUGCAGGUGUUCAGGACGGACAGAAAGGGCUGGGGGCUCCGCACCUUGGAAUCGAUUCCAGCAGGAAGGUUUGUCUGUGAGUAUGCUGGGGAGGUUUUAGGGUUCUCUGAGGUACAGAGGAGAAUCCAGUCACAGACAGCGCAUGACUGCAAUUACAUCAUUGCCCUCAGGGAGCACGUUUAUAACGGACAGGUAAUGGAGACCUACAUCGACCCCACGUACACAGGGAACAUCGGAAGAUUCCUCAACCACUCCUGCGAACCUAACCUGGUGAUGGUUCCUGUCCGAGUUGACUCCAUGGUCCCAAAGCUGGCGCUUUUUGCAGCCAAAGACAUUCUGCCGGGAGAAGAACUCUCCUAUGAUUAUUCAGGGAAAUUUCUUAAUAUGAAGGACAAUGAAGAUGGACAGAGGCUGGAGAAAGGGGGACCCAGAAAGCCGUGUUACUGUGGUGCCAGGUCCUGUGCUGCCUUCCUGCCGUACGACAGCUCGCUGUUCACCCCUGAGAGCUAG